AUGUCAGACAUUGUUGAUAAUAAGAUAGCAGAUAACAAUUCGUUUAAUGAACAAAUGUUUAAAAUAUUGAAUGACAAAAAUAGUUUAGAUGUUGAAAAACAAUUUGUUCAAAUGUUUUAUGAAUUUUCUAAAAAUGAUGAAAAGGGAAUGAUUGAAAAACAUGAAUUACAUGAAAUAAUACAUAAAUUAGUUCCUGGUAUGAAAUUAUUACGUCCAAAAGAUGAAGAUUUAGUUUGUGAUAAGUAUCUUGAUGAUUAUUAUACAGACACAAAUGGAAAAUUUGAUUUUGAAGAAGCUUACUUUGGAUUUCAAAAAUUAUAUCAGAAAGCAAAUGUACAAAAACAUACACAUACAGUUACAAGCUAA